AACCUGCGCUGCGACACCCAGUCCCACCCCUUGAGUCAAGCGGCCGCGCUGUCGCCAGCUCGGCCUCUCUCGCCCCGCUGUCGCGGACCCCCCGCUGUCCCGGACCCCCCUCGCUCCCGGCAGAGAGGAACCUUCGGUCGCUCCGUGCCCUCCCUCGGUGCCUCCGGGAGCCCGGCCCGCCCCGCCGUGUGCUCGGGGCUUGGCAGCGGGAAGGAGGAAAGGCAGGGCGGCCCUGCAGGGCGGGCGGCGGCCGGGGCGACAUGGGCAGCGCCGAGGAGGAUUAUAACUUUGUCUUCAAGGUUGUGCUGAUUGGGGAGUCUGGGGUGGGAAAAACAAACCUGCUGUCUCGUUUUACCCGCAACGAGUUCAACCACGACAGCCGUACCACCAUCGGCGUGGAGUUCUCCACGCGCACCAUCCUGGUGGGGGACGCCGCGGUGAAGGCUCAGAUCUGGGACACGGCCGGGCUGGAGCGCUACCGCGCCAUCACCUCCGCGUAUUACCGGGGGGCUGUGGGUGCCCUGGUGGUGUUUGAUAUCACCAAGCACCAGACGUACGAUGUGGUGGACCGCUGGCUGAAGGAGCUCUAUGACCAUGCCGAGGCCAGCAUCGUUGUCAUGCUGGUGGGGAACAAGACCGACCUUGCACAGGCUCGAGAGGUGCCCAUGGAGGAGGCAAAAAUGUUUGCAGACAACAACGGGCUGCUGUUCGUUGAGACCUCGGCGCUGGACUCCACCAAUGUUGAGGAGGCAUUCGAGACCAUCCUGAAAGAAAUCUUCUACAAAGUGCAGAAGCAGAAGCAGAGGAGCAGCCAAAGCAACACGGUGUCACUUGCAAGUGAGAACCCUGCAAGCACAGCCCCGGCACAGGCAGAGAGGCGCCCGUGCUGCGUGGCCCUCUGAGCACCCCAGGAAGUCCCCAGGGAACCCCACAACCCCGGGACACACCAGUGGCCACCAGCACAAGCUGGUGUCACCCUGCCUGCAGUGCCACCCCUGUCCUGGUGCAGUGGGGUCCAGCAGCCUGGACAGGGGCCAAAUUGUGCCAUAAACAGUGAGAGGCACCAGUUCCAGGAGCUCUUCUCUCUCUGUUGCAUUUUUUGCUGGGCCCUCAUUAGCAUCGCCACUGUCACGCACCGUUUCAGCCCUUCUGGACCUGCAGGGCAAAAUGACCAGGACAUCCCUGAAGCACCUCUGGGGAAGAAGCCAGUAGUUUCUGGGAGGGAUGAUGCCAGCAACAGGAGCCUCUCUGAGUACCUCUGGCCCUGGGGUUGCUCCUGUAGGGCCACCCUGUGCCGUGCACUGAGGAUGAGGCUGACUACAGGUGUCUGUCCAGCAGGGACUGCUCUCAGGUGUGAAGUGGCAGCACUCAGCCCUUGGCUGUCCCAGCAGGGCCCGGUGCCAUGGGGCAGGGAGCAGCUCUGUGUCCAGCAGGGGCGUGACGAAAUCAUUAAAGGACUUGUGAAAUGCA